UGCGGGAUGGAGGCAGAAAAAGUGACAGAGUUCAUCUCCUAUACACAGGCUGACCCAGUCCUCGCUCGACAAAUUUUGCAGAGCGAGAACUGGGAUGUAAAGGCCGCUGUGCAGCUCUUUUCGGUGCUAAGAGGGGCCAGUCCCUUUCAUCACUCAGGGUCGGUGCGAACAUCUGCUCCCCCCAACUUCAACCCUUCAAUUAAGCCUCCUGUAGCUCCAAAACCAGUCCUAGUUGACCACAAGCCAAAUGUAGAUUUGAGAUAUGCAGGCGAUGUACGAUCAGCAGCACCAAGAUUGGCUCCAUUGCCACCUGCAAGAACAAGGAAAGUUGCUGUCUUGCCGAAGCUCCCACACGAUGGAUCAGCAGCAUUGUCAUCACCUCACCUCCUUCCUCCAGUGGGACAGGACAACCCCUCUAGUGGAAGCAUGCUGAUAGACACUUAUAAUCAGCAGGGGGUGACACCGCUGCCAAGAACUGGUAGCUUGCCACCUCUCCAGAAAGGUCUUGGUGGGUAUAAUCAAUGUGCAAACAUCUCUCAAGGGACAGAUGUUUGUUCAUCCUCAUGUGCAACCUCACUGACACCUUCUCCUGUGCCUAGUAUAAACAAAGGUUCAUCAAAGCCUCAUAGCGGAAGUGCUAAAAAUGCCCUUCUAAUAGAAAAAGUUCGUGGUACUUCUAUUGGCUUUUCUGAGAGCCAGAAGAAUAUAGUACAUGAUGGUGCCACAAGGGCUUCCGUUAUGCCUAACAACACUCCAACUUCUCAAAUAACUGUUAAUAGUAGCUGUAUUAUAAGUGUUAAUAAUCCUAAUAACAAUACCAAUAAAAACAAUAAUAUCUACUUAGAUGACUACACACCACCUUCUGGGAAUAUCUCAGGGAAUGUCCCCAUCUCAAGCCAGACAACGAACAGUGUUUACAAUACCUUAUCAUCAUGUUCAUCGUCCCUUUCCUCAACUAUGCAGGCUGCUUCCAAAGACUCGUUAUCAUACUCAUCAACAGCUGUGCCUUCUGCUACUGGUCCGUCGUGUGUUAUUAUUUCUGCACCCAUUAAUAGUGUGGAAACUAAUACUAAAUCCCAUAAACUGACACAGAAAGCAUUAUCAAGGGAGUACUUGUAUCCUCUUGGGAGCAAGGGCAUUAGCGACCGAGAUACAAACUGUAAAUGUGAUUGCAAAGAAUCUCACUCAGUAGAUAAUAACCUAGGAAAAGGCCUUGUCUCAGAACGAGAAAGUAAGAGGCUACAGAAAAUAGAGAAAAAGCAAGCAUUAGAAGAUGAAGUGGAUAAAGCCUUGCAUCCUGAUAUCGCUCAGCUCGCAACUUCAGCCUUGGGAAUAGGCUCAUCUUUGUCAGCUCCUUGCUCUCCUGCAAAGCCUCUGUUGCGCAAAACUGAGGCAGUUGACUUGGAGGAGUAUGACUAUUAUAAGAAGUUGAGUCGUGGUAUAUCCAAGGCAACAGACAAUGUCAACAUUGUAUCAAAGGCUCGAUCUGAAUUUGCUCAGGAGAUCUGGGAGGCCAUUGACUCAAGCCGAACUCCAUUCUUUAUUGAAACUCCAAUCUUUACUUUCACAUUACCUGAUCUUAGUAUAUAUUCAGAUGAAUUUCGAAUGUUUCUGGAACGUGAUUUGAUAGAGACAUCAACACUAGUGUCAUUAGAGGGUGCUGGACGUCUUAACUGGUGGGCAAUGGUGGGAGCAGCGCAAAGACUCUGGCCUUUAGCGACCACAGGAGAUGGUAACUGUUUGCUGCAUGCAGCAUCACUAGGAAUGUGGGGUUUUCAUGACCGCUUGUUGACACUGCGCAAGGCUUUGCAUGAAUUUUUGACUCGCAGUCAUUUUUGCCGUCCAUUGUGGAGACGCUGGAGAUGGCAAGUCACACAGCAGAAUAGAGAAACUGGUCUGGUAUAUAGCAAAGAGGAAUGGGAAACGGAGUGGGCCAAUGUGCUGCGCCUGGCUUCUAGUGCACCUCGAGGAGGACAGGAAUCGGGACAAGAGGAAGGAAAUGAGAGUGGCCAGAGUAAAGAGAAAGUCCAGACCAAAAGCGACACUAAUUCAGAUAUCUCGGCUGCUAGCAAGAGACUUAGCAAUGGGUUUCUUACUAGUCAGGAUGAUGACUGCACUGGGAGAGUCUAUGAGAGCUUAGAAGAGAUUCAUGUGUUGGCUUUGGCUCAUGUAUUACGCCGUCCCAUUAUUGUUGUGGCUGACUUAACUCUCAAGGAUGUGAGUGGAGAGCCGCUGGCUCCCAUUCCCUUUGGAGGUGUGUACCUGCCACUUGAGUGUCCACCCAGUGAAUGUCAGCGGUCCCCCUUACUCCUCACAUAUGAUGCUGGCCACUUCUCAGCUCUUGUUGUCAUGGAAACUCAACAGGAUUCAAGUGCUGCUCAGCUACCUGCUGUGAUUCCAGUGACAGACUGUUGUCAUGAUCUGCUUCCCAUCCAAUUUGUUAUUGACCCUGGGGAUGAUUUCCUCUGGGGAGAAGAUGAUCUGAAUCCUACAAUCAUUCAGAAACUGACCAUCACUAAUCAUGACAAAAUUGGGCUCCUUAAUGAGUACUUGGAUAUUGCACAGGUGCCCAUUCCACCUGACUACCUUGAAGCUUGCCAGGUGGUUGAUGAUGCAGAUUCACCAGAAAAUUACCAUCCAGAAAUAGAGAAGAAGUCAUCUGAAUCAAGUUUUGAUUCAGAUGAAGGUCCACCUUAUUCUGAUGGAAUGGGUGGGAUUUUUGCAAGUAAGAGCAAGGCUUCAAAGCAACUGCAAACAGUUGCUAAGCAGUUUGGCAGCAUAGGUAAGUCAAUGUCCAAGAAAAUCAAGAAAAACUUUGGAACCUUAUCCAAGCUGGGUAGGGCAGGCUCUUUCAAGAAAAAGGAAGAGUAUGUGAAAACUUGCAGUCUUGCAAAAAACAAUCGCAUGUUGAAAAUAUCUACACAUCAGAAUUUUAUACUAGCAGCAAUGAUCCACACUGAAAAACGACAUGCUUAUCAAGAAGAGAUGGUGCGAAACUAUUUAAACACAGCACGGCGACGAUUUGAGAAGGACACGGAGCUACGUAAGCGUCAGGAAGAAGAGCUUAAACAGUUAGAAUUGGAGCUAGAGCAUCAGGCUGUAAUGGAAGGGCCAGUUCAGUGUAUUAACCCAGGUUGUAAUAUGUAUGGCACUGCAGUGACAUCUUAUAUGUGUUCUUCAUGUUUCUCCAAGCAGCGUGAGCAGGAGCAGGAGUAUAAGCGACAGACAUCCUGUAAUCUCAAUUCCCCAAAGGCUCAGCAUUACAAGGUUGAUGGACCACAGUAUGGUGCUGGCAAGUCCAAGUUUUAUGCUGAGCUUGAUGCAGCAUCUGUCCUAAAUGCAACCAAAAUCCCAGUUGUACAAGCUCUUUCUACCAAGAAGGAUGGUACACUUUUCCUCUCUAAUUCAACUUUCUAUAGUGACACCUCUGCUAUUCCAAGCUGUAAUGUAACAAAGCCGCAAGCAAGUUCUGCCACCAAAGGUCAGGCCAUUAGCACAGAGUCUGAGAUGCAAAAUUCACAAAGCACUGACUCUACCCAAGGUCAUCCUUCUCCAUCAAUGCUGUCAACAACAAUGAUGAAUCAGGUUUCAGAUAGUUUCACACCAGUUGCUGUUGAUGAUGUUGCAGUUUGUAUAAGGGCAGAAAGUAGAGGGGAUAAUUCAUGCCAGCCAUGUUUGAUGCGUGAUUGCAAGUUUUAUGGUAGUUCAUCAACUGGAGGUUACUGUUCCAGGUGUUAUCAGGAACAUCACACAAUGGGAAUAGGUCCCAAAAGUGUUAUAGUCCAGCAGAUAAAGUCUGUUGAACUAUAGUUUAUAGACAUUGUGAUGUUGAUUGAUAGGAAAUAAAAUGCCUGUAAUAUUUUAUUGAGUUCAAGUUUUUGGUGUUUUGACCCUCAUUCAUAGCUUAUGGGCAUUUUCUUUUUCUUUUUUUUUCAUCUAGUCGUAGUGCCAUAGUCAUUGUGAAAGAAAUUGGUAGUAUACUGAAUUUGAUAUGAAAUUUUAAGAAUAAAACCUAGUGCACUUAUCCUAACACUAGUUGGAGAUAGAUGUGCCUUGAAUUUGAAGGGUUUUAAGAAAACAGUUUUUUGGAUAUUUCUGAUGUCAUAAAGAUUGUUUAGGAUAACAGAGUGAAAGAAUGUGUAUCCAUCACAUUAUUUUGACUUGGAAUAUAGGAUGAAGCUGUGUCUAUAUUAGUGUGUAUAAUGAGUAACAGGGGAAGAGCUCA